AUGAAUCAGUUCAAUCAGCUCAGGCUGCACCUCUAUCACUGCACCUCCAUCACUGCACCUCUAUCACUGCACCUCUAUCACUGCACCUCCAUCACUGCACCUCCAUCACUGCACCUCCAUCACUGCACCUCCAUCACUGCACCUCCAUCACUGCACCUCCAUCACUGCACCUCCAUCACUGCACCUCCAUCACUGCACCUCCAUCACUGCACCUCCAUCACUGCACCUCCAUCACUGCACCUCCAUCACUGCACCUCCAUCACUGCACCUCCAUCACUGCACCUCCAUCACUGCACCUCCAUCACUGCACCUCCAUCACUGCACCUCCAUCACUGCACCUCCAUCACUGCACCUCCAUCACUGCACCUCCAUCACUGCACCUCCAUCACUGCACCUCCAUCACUGCACCUCCAUCACUGCACCUCCAUCACUGCACCUCCAUCACUGCACCUCCAUCACUGCACCUCCAUCACUGCACCUCCAUCACUGCACCUCCAUCACUGCACCUCCAUCACUGCACCUCCAUCACUGCACCUCCAUCACUGCACCUCCAUCACUACACCUCCAUCACUGCACCUCCAUCACUGCACCACCAUCACUGCACCUCCAUCACUGCACCUCCAUCACUGCACCACCAUCACUGCACCACCAUCGCCGCACCACCAUCACUGCGCCUCCAUCACUGCACCUCCAUCACUGCACCACCAUCACUGCACCUCCAUCACUGCACCACCAUCACUGCACCUCCAUCACUGCACCUCCAUCACUGCACCACCAUCACUGCACCUCCAUCACUGCACCACCAUCACUGCACCUCCAUCACUGCACCUCCAUCACUGCACCACCAUCACUGCACCUCCAUCACUGCACCACCAUCACUGCACCUCCAUCACUGCACCUCCAUCACUGCACCACCAUCGCCGCACCACCAUCACUACGCCUCCAUCACUGCAUCUCCAUCACUGCAUCUCCAUCACUGCGCUGAUGUCACACAACCAUGACUCAGGUAUAUUCUGA